AUGGGCAAGCUCAGCGGCGGGCGCGCCUGGCUGGUCACGCCGAAGGGGCCGCGGUGGAAGCUGAAGCGCGUGUGGCUCUCUGCGGACGCCCACGUACACUACGCGCGCGACCUGCACCUGAAGGACGCCCACCUGCCGACUCCAGGCAUGCUGGUCGUGCCGGGCGGCGUGCGCCUCGGCACGUACGCAGAGCAAGUCAAGCACGCCCGCCCGUACGUCUUCGUCGUCACGGCCGUGCUCGCAACCGCAACCCACGAUCGCGACGCCAAGAGGCAUCACCUGGUCUUCGCCGCCGCGGAUGACGCCCAGCUGCGAGAGUGGCUGCACCUUGUGGAGAAGACUAGCCUGGAGCGCAUGCGCGUGCGGAAUCAGCUCCCGUAUGCAAAUGCUGUGCUUGCGGCGUGGGGACAUGUGCAUAUGCUCAAGCCGAGGGAGGUCCUGGCUGUUGCUAAGACUCUCAAUUGCAAGACUACAGACGGUCGCCUUCGCAAACUGUACCGCCAAAUUCAUAACGACGAUGUUGGACACACGGUCACUUUUGAUCAAUUCCUACCCGUGAUCCUCCGCCUAGCGGUAGAGGACUUGCUUCAUCCCCUCUUCAAGAUACUCAACAUCGACCUUGACGCCCCCAUCACGCCCCAACGCCUGGCUGAAAUCCUUGCCAAAAGCGAGGAACAAGCCGUACAACUCCUUAACACCCACGACACGAACACUUGCUCCCCGGAGCUCUUGCUUUACUUUUUGCAUCAUCCGGAUAAUUGCAUCGCUGAUCCUCAUCGCGCUGAGCAAUUGCAUGACAUGACUCAACCUCUCAAUCGCUACUUGAUCUCCUCGUCUCACAACACCUAUUUGACGGGCGACCAGUUGAAAAGCAGUAGUUCUGCCGCUAUGUACCGCAUUGUGCUCGAGCGAGGCUGUCGCUGCGUCGAAAUCGAUGCCUGGGAUGGCGACGACGGCAUCCCCAUCGUCAAGCACGGACAUACAAUGACCUCCAAGGAAACCCUUGAGAACGUCUUGAAGGCGAUUAGAGACCAUUCAUUUUCCCAUGGAAAUCCAUACCCAGUCAUUGUGUCUAUUGAGAAUCAUCUCGGACUGCCCCAGCAGCUAACUGCAGCAAGUCUCAUAACAAGUAUAUUCGGCGACUCCUUGUAUGCACCGGGUGCGGAGCAUAGGACAGAUGAACAACUUCCCAGUCCGGAAAGUCUCAAGAAUAAAAUUUUGAUCAAGGCGAAGACUGGUAUGUCAGUUUUGCGACCGCAGUUCCAAGACGAAAAUACCAACUCGAAGGAAAGCGCAGGCGACUUUGAAGACGAUGACUCUGAUGAUUCCACAGACAACCCGCAGGCAUCUGCAGAUGAUUCCCCACCACAACCAGAGUCUACCCCCACCACCGCAAAAUCAGAAAAGAUGCACGACAUCGCUCCAGAGUUUGCAGCGCUUGUCGCUCUAGCUGGGGGAAGCAGGAAGAAGCUUAUGGCGUUGUGGAAAGCCGGCACUUCAGGAAAGGAGAGGUAUAUGGCAGCAUCUUGCGUGUCCAUCAAUGAGAAGAAGGUAACAGAUGUAUACGCUAGCAAAGCCGUUGACGCCAUUCGCGAGUACAAUUCCCACGGACUUACCAGAGUCUAUCCAAAAGGUUCCCGGAUAGACUCGUCAAACUACUUUCCCAUUCAAGCUCAGUAUCUUCACUGUCAGAUCAUAGCUUUGAACUGGCAGGCCGGUGAUACCGCGCUCGUGGUCAAUCACGCUCGGUUCUUGACGAAUGGCGGUCGGGGGUAUGUAUUGCCGUCCACGAUGCCUGCUGUUGAGAGGUCUGCGACCCUCUCCAUUCAGAUUCUCUCAGCAUUCCUACUACCAAACCCUGAAAAGGGUGUGCGUAACGACGUUAACGACUCAUACUGCACCCUGAAGCUGUACGACACUGUAUUUGAGAACGACGAUGAAUGCUCUGCCUUUCAACAUGAGACAAAAGUGGUCAAAUCCAACGGCUUUUCUCCUCUGUGGCAUGAAAGUGUGACCAUGCCAGUUCGAGAUCGCGAGCUGGCAGUGCUGAAUUUCAAGGUUUACGACAAGGAUCGAACCUCAGGGGACGAGACCGUUGGAUAUCACUCGGUUCCUGUGUCUCUACUUCGGCGUGGUCUUCGUUCCUUGCCGUUAAAUUUCAAGGAUGGUAGCCACAUAACAGCGCCUGGAACGUCUCUGCGACCAUCUUUGCUAUGCAAUGUCGUCUGGAUGUAG